AUGAAGGACAAAGAGCAGACUUCGUUUUGCAGACCUAGUGAAACUGUUGGAGUUGAUCUUGCCGAUUCGACAGUGUCGUUUGCCACGUCAUUUGCUGAAAUAAGAGAUGCAAAAGUGCAGGAGAAAAUUGCAUUUGUCCAGGCUAUCGCACGAAGGCAGGAUGUAAUUUUUGGAGACGGCGCUUCAUGUUCAAUCAAAGCCAAGGAGGAAGCAUGGAAGGAAGUGGCCAGAGAAAUGGAAGAAUUGGGUUUGAAGUCGUUUGCUGCUCGCUGUGAGAGCAACCACAAACCGUCAGGGAAAUUGGGGGAUUUGGAUAGACUCGUUCUUACAAUCAUCGGGAACUUCCAUAGUCGACUUUUCGCAGAGUUCUCUAUUGAACAUCCUUCCUAUGAUACGUCCUCCGAUGAUCUGGAAGUCAAUAAUUACAGUCCAGAAAUGAAGCAAGAGAAUGACUACUCGAUGGAAACAAAUGUAUUGCCGAGCUGUUUCGACGCAGCUUCACGCUUUCAAGUUCCUGGACGUUCUUCUGACCAGUCAUCAUUGACUCGGUCCACGGAUUGCAGCGGAACUAAUGAUGUUCACGCUCGAAGUCCUAAAAGUGAAAAGGGUGACUCCUGUUCAGGGCCCCAACGUGAGACUUACCGGGAAAGCAUUGCACCUUCCCCAGUGGAACGAAAUCCGAGAACCCGUGUUCACAGUUCCACGCAGACAUUAGCAGAUGUUAACGACAAUGCUGAUUCGGCUCAUCACUUUUCAAAACGUCCGAGGAGAACCGAAUCAAACAGCGUGGAAGACCACAACGCAAGUGAUGAAUCCAAUUACUUACGGCGGAAGCAACAGUUGGAGCUGAAGCGAAUGGAACUUGAGAACGAAAAACUUGAGAAAGAGAUUCAACAUCUUCUGAAUCAAGAGAAAAGAGCCAAGGACUUGCACAGUAUCGAGUUGAGGCGAGCGCGGCUUCAGCUGGUAAUGAUGGGCGCCGAUAUGCUACAAGAACCACAACGGGAUGAGUAA